AUGUCAUCAGUGGGGAAUAACACCCCAAAGACAGACUAUGCUAGCAAAAGAAAAUCAAUCAAGAAGAAAUCUUCCUUAACUUCGCCACAAGAGCAAGCCGACAACUCCCCUACAUAUCAUAAUAAUACUGUUAAUAAUGUAGAUAAUAACAAUAGAACAACAACACCACAUCAACCAGAAGCAGAACAAACUACAACUCAAAAGACAUACUACUCUAAACCAAUGAGACCACCUAAAAAGUCACUUUACUACUAUGCUCCAAAGAUACCACAAGUUGAUACAACAUCUACUUCAACCACACCGCCAGCUCAAGAAGAAGUACCAACUCAAGUAGUACAAACAUUACCAACAUUACCAACAACAACAAAAAGAGCAUCAAGUAAAGUACCUCUAAAAAGAAAAGGAGAUUUUGUAAAGCCACCCAAGACUCCACCUUCUGCUGAAGAAGUAUUAUCACAAGUUGCCAACGAAUCAAAACCACACACAAAUGGCAAAGUCAAGAUUAUACCAGUUCCUCCACCCAAAGAAUUACCUUCCUCAAAGUCACCAACAAAUGACAAAGUCAAGAUUAUACCAGUUCCUCCACCCAAAGAAUUACCUUCCUCAAAAUCACCAACAAAUGAAACCAAACCUAAAGCAAUGGAUGGUCCAACAACUAUCGUAACACCUCCUCCAAUGAGAGAGUUUAAAACUGCACCAGUUCGUCCAUCACCAAUCCCAGUCGAGGCAUUUGUCAAGGCACCAACUAGAGCAACUCCAAGAGAAUUUGUCAAGGCCCCAGCUACAACAGUUACAGUAAUUGCACCAAAAAGAGUAUCAAAUGCAGUAUUCGACAAGGCUCCACCAGCUGAAUCAUUACCAGCACCCAACUUUGAAUCAACAGUCCAUACAUCGCCAUUGGUUCAAGAGGUACGACCACCUCAAACAACAACAACAAACGUUGAUGCACCAGUCAAAAAGGGUCGUCCUCCAAAACCAAAAAGAGAAUUUGUACCAGCAUUUGAUAAGCCAAAGAAACCAUCCCUACCUAAAGAGACAUUUGUCGAGAUCCCAGAAACGAUACAACCAGAAGAACCAUCCAAGCCAAUCUUUAAGCAAAAAGGAGAGCUUGUGCCACGAGAAGCAUCCAAUAAGCCAAAGAAACCAUUUGUACCUAGAGAAGCCAGACCAUUAAAGGAGGUACCAGUAGAGCAACCAAAAAGAGAAUUUGUACCAGCAUUUGAUAAGCCAAAGAAACCAUUUGUACCUAGAGAAGCCAGACCAUUAAAGGAAGUACCAGUAGAGCAACAAUAUAUUCCAACACCUGAGCCACCAGCUCCUGCAGUAGAAGAACAUUGGCCAGAACUACCUAAACCAAAGGCAUCAACACUAGAUUUUUCUUUAAAAAAAGUAUUUGAAACAUACCAAGCAGUUCAAAAAGUUCUCCCACCAUCUCCUCCUCCAAAACCAACACCACCAAGAGAAGAACCAGUCAAUAUUAUAUCAGUUCCUCCACCCAAACAAUUACCUACUCCAAAGGUGGUUCCAGCUAAAGCAACUGUAGCCCCAACCAAGCCAACACCACCAGCUGCAGUCCAAACCAAGCCAGCACCACCAGUUGCAGUCCAAACAAAGCCAGCACCACCAGCUAAAGCUGCUCCACCAGUUGCUGAACAACAAGAAAUUGAUUCACCUGCUCCUUAUGUACAUCCAACAUCAUCCCAAAGAAAAAAGAACAAAAAGAGCAAGUUGAAACAAAAAAAACAAACCCAACCACCAAAGAAAAAGGAUCAACCACCUGCUCCCAAGGUGAAUGAGCCAGCUGCCGCCUCGUGGACCUCCAAUUCCAAGUCCCAGAAUCCAGUUAUUGAUCUAUCAGAUUAUGGUGAUUAUGGUGAAGGUAGAAGAAGAUUGCACGAAAAACGUCUUGCAGACGUCAAUGCAAGAAAAAGACAAUCGACUCAUUAUUACGAACACGCCAAGAAAUAUAUACAUGGUCACUACCAAGGUCGUGGCCUCUAUCAGGAUUCUGACGACGAUGAUGAUGACGACAGUGAUGAUAUGGAAAGUGAUAUGAUGGCCCAGUAUUUACACCAUAUGCUCUACCAUAUGGGUGCUCGUGGACCCCCAGACAGUGAUGACGAAUACUAUGAUGAAGAUGACUAUGACGAUGACGAUGAAGAUGAGGACGAUGAAGAUGAAGAUGAUUCUGAUAGUGAUGAUGGUCCAGUUUUGGACAUUGACGACGAUGAAUCCUUGGUUAUCGCCACUCCAGGUGCUCUCAAGUCCAAAAAAAAUUAUCCUAAUCAAUCAAAUACUGACUCUGUUGACUAA